AUGUCGGGCGCUACCUUCUUCAGCGGUGCGAAGAACGUCGUUAUCACUGGAGGAACCUUCAACAAUGUGAAGGGCAAUUACACCGUUAUCGACCAAAGUCGCAAAGUCUCCAACAUCAACUCCUUCAAUUCGAACAACACCGCAACUUUGAACUCUCACAACGACAACUCUUUUACGGUCGAAACCGAAAGUCCAAACAUAGGAAUGAUCAAGGUCGCAGUGCACCACAGGUGGAUGAUGUUCCACUUCUCAACUCUAGAGGAAGAUGAAGAUGCUGAAGUGGCAUCGUACUUUCCGCCCCCGAUGAUGCAUCCAAUGCUCCAUGCCCAACAGGUUGAACUGGCGUCUUCGAACGGUCGUCUCGAUAUCUCUAACGUGGAUUCGUAUAACGUAAAAAACCAACGGAUACGAAACUCCAAUAACGACAACUCAGAACGUUAUGGAUCCCCACCCCGUGCCCAUCGACUCGCAAAAGCAUCAAGGUCCCAGAUAAAGGCUUUUGAAGACGACGAAAGCAACGCUGACGAACGAUCACACUCAGUCGAUCACUCUGCGGAUACGCCUGCCCGCGGUGUUCAAAGAAAGACUGCUAAAGCUAUCCGACAGAUGGUUCAUUCUCAAGUCAGAGAAUCUCUUGCCAGUCAAUCAAAUGUCAGUAUGAAUGGAACACACGGUCAUUCAGUUUCCAGUGCCCAGUACCAGCCUCAUGACAUCCAACCAAUCGUGGACCCGAUGAUGAUGCAAACCCUGGAUCAACUCAUGGCAAUGGUCAAGCAACAAACAUCGCAAUUUAAUUCCGAUUCCGAUUCCGAUAGUCAAUCUCAGUCUUCCGAAGACAUUACGGCGCCUGCGGAAGAAGAGAUGGCUGAAGGGGGUGUGGUCGGUUCCGAGGAUGAGGAAGAAGAUGAAUAUGUUGACGCAGAAUCACCGGGUACUGGCGACGAGGACGUUCGAAUGGCAGAUCUUCCAAACGGCGUUGCGAAAUUAUCGCUCAACGAGGGCGUCUUCCCACCAUAUUCUGGUGCGAACCCUGGCUUUCCUGCACAUCCAACAGUACUUCGCCAUUAUGACAACGUUUCUCAAACAUUUACCCCUUCUGCUGGGUUCCGUAGUCAGGAUAUCCCCUCACAAUCAAGACAGUCUGUCGAUGCAGGCGUUCCUAGUCCAAACGCGUCUUCCCUUCGUCCCUCUUCUUCUUCAAUUCACGAUCACCAAAAUGGGGCUCAACGCGUUACCUCCGCUCGAUCCCGAGGAUACUACAAAGGCAAUACACUUUCUGCUAAAGCUGCCUUUGAUUUUGGCGGGGCUACCAUCAACGGAAGUCCCAAUGUGAAUGUCGUGUACGGCAACUACGAAUACGUGGACAGGUCUUCACGAAUACUCAAUGUGGGCUCUGGGAAUACCACCAACACGCUGAUCAAGGAUUCGAAUAAUGAUUAUUCCAUCAGGGAGACCACGAUUCAAACUCGGCGAAAACUAGGACGUGAGCUACGGCCCUAA